AUGUUUCAAAGAAUUCCGUAUAACUCGAUAUAUCUUUUUACAGGAUGGGGCUUCCAAGAAGAAAGUGGUAGUUUUUCAUCAAAGUUACGUGAAACACACGUUCCAAUCAUACCAAUCGUUAUUUGCAAUAGUAUUUUACAUUAUUUCGGUCGUGUAGAUCCGUUAUCCAUGCUCUGUGCCGGUUCCGGUGGUGCUGAUGCUUGUCAGGGUGAUUCAGGUGGUCCACUGAUGUGUUAUAGCCGUAUGCGUCAACGUUGGGAACUACAGGGAGUGGUCAGUUGGGGUCAUGGAUGUGGUCGAAACAAUAUUCCCGGAGUGUAUGCUAAAAUUAGUGCUGUUACUAGUUGGGUGAAUUCGCAGAUGAAAUUACUACAACUAAAUGAUAAUGAUAUUCUCUAG